AGCAGCAUACUUUCACUAAGACACUUUGGCCAGUGGGAGUAAGACAGGACAAAACAGAAGAGGGCAUUGUAUUGAUUGGUUGCAGCUUUACAUAGAUGUCAUCUUGAGAGAGGGGACAGGCAGAUCAGUGGAGAACUGCAGUGAAAGAGCAAGCAAUACAUAAAGAAACAACAUAAAGAAAGAACUUCCCAUAGCAGUAGUUCUAGAUCAGAGAACUGAAGUUGCAGAGAAAUGCAAUGCAACAGGUUUAAAGAGUGUGCCUCCUUGUUAGUUGUAGUUUUAUUAAUAUGUUCCUCAACCAAAGCUGAACAGAGCACAACAAACGCAACAGCAGGCAAUGAACAUGGCGCUCCUCCAUCUGGCUACCAGAUUGUCACCUUCAAAUGGCAUCAUGUCAUGGACCCUUAUAUCAUCGCCCUCUGGGUGUUGGUGGCUAGUAUCGCCAAAAUGCUGUUUCACAUGUCCAGCAAAUUAACAACUGUAAUUCCAGAAAGUGCCUUGCUGAUUUUUAUUGGUCUUCUACUGGGCGGUGUAGUGUGGGGAGCAGACCACACCGCUUCCUACAGCAUGACGCCAAGACUUUUUUUCUUCUACCUCUUGCCACUGAUUGUACUUGAUGCAGGGUACUUUAUGCCAAAUAGACAAUUUUUUGGGAACUUUGGAGCUAUAUUAGUGUAUGCCGUGAUUGCCACGGUCUGGAAUGCUGCGUCAGUUGGUUUAUCACUAUAUGGGGUUUACUUGACUGGAGUAAUGGGGGAACUCAAGGUCGACGGUAUGCUUGACUUUCUUCUGUUUGGCAGUCUGCUCAGUGCAGUGGACCCUGUGGCUGUCAUAGCUGUGUUUGAAGAGGUCCAUGUUGAUGAGGUGCUUUAUAUCAUUGUCUUUGGAGAGUCUCUACUUAAUGAUGGGGUUACAGUGGUUCUUUACAAUGUAUUUGACUCUUUUAUUGCCAUUGGAGGUGUCAAUGUUACAGGAGUGGACUGUGUCAAAGGCGUAGUGUCAUUCUUUGUUGUUGCUCUUGGUGGAACAUUAAUUGGAAUUGUAUUUGCAUUUUUGCUGUCGUACAUCUCACGAUUCACCAAACGUGUUCAGAUCAUUGAACCAGGAUUCGUCUUUGUCGUUUCUUAUUUGUCCUACCUAACGGCAGAGAUGCUCUCUCUUUCAUCCAUUUUGGCGAUCACAUUUACUGGUGUUUGCUGUCAAAAGUAUGUUCAAGCUAACCUAUGUAAGGAGUCUGCUACAACGGUUAGAUACAUGAUGAAAAUGUUGGCCAAUGGAUCAGAGACUAUUAUCUUCAUGAUGCUGGGUAUUUCAGCAGUGGACGGAGGCAUUUGGGUUUGGAAUACAGCCUUUAUUCUGUUAACGCUGCUCUUUAUAGCAGUAUACAGAGUCGUUGGUGUGGUUGUCCUUACGUGGUUUUUAAACCGCUACAGAGUGGUCCCACUGGGAUUUAUAGACCAAGUGGUUAUGAGCUAUGGUGGACUGAGGGGUGCAGUUGCCUAUGGUUUAGUAGCCUCACUGGAUGAAGCUCGAGUACAAGAAAGAAAACUCUUUUUCACCACAACUAUUAUUGUGAUAUACUUCACAGUUGUUUUGCAGGGCUGUACUACCAAAUCUUUAGUGACUUGGCUGAAGGUGAAGAGGAGUGAACACAGGGAGCCUUCAAUUAGCGAAAAACUUAACGGAAGGGCAUUUGAUCAUAUUCUUUCUGCUAUUGAGGACAUUUCAGGGCAAAUUGGACACCACUAUAUAUGGGACAAGUGGGAAAGCUUUGACAGGAAAUACCUUUGUAAGUUACUGAUGAGAAAAUCUGCUCUGAAAUCCAGUGAUCAAAUCCUCGAUGUCUUCCAUGAUCUGAACAUUAAGGAUGCAAUCACCUAUAUAGCAGAGGGUGAACGCAAGGGAUCUCUUGCAUUUAUACAGACCCCAGAUGCUGACCAGUUGGUAAAUGUGAACUUCCACAGCAGUAAGCAAUCAGAGGUUGAUGCAUCCAUGUCUGUACUGAAGGAAGGUGCUAGUGCUGUUUGUCUCGAUAUGCAAGCAGUGGAGCUCAGAUGGAAGAAUUUACAAGAGAGCGAGGAUGUUUAUACACAUCAUCUACUUCAGCAGUAUCUCUAUAAACCAAAGAAGCAGCUGAAAUACAAAUACGGCAGACAUGACAUCACUUCAACUGAGGAUGAUGCUCAAGAAAAGGAGAUUUUUGAAAAAACAAUGAAAAGACGACUGGCAUCCUUUAAAUCUACCAAGUACGGAGUGUCCCAAUCAAAAAAAGUAUCAAAACAUUUUAAGAAGGAUCCUUCACAAAAGAAGAGAAGUGAUGAGAUGCUGUCAAAUGGAGGUCAGCUUGUUUUUCACGAUCCUGCGUUCUCUGAUCCUGAACACCCUCAUGAAUAUGAAGUAAUUAGCAACGGUGGUAGUAAUUUCAUCCCUAAUGUCACCAGACCGGCACUAGCUGACACAUACAAUGGAAUUGAUAACCCAGCAUUUAUGCUCAAUGAGGAGCCAGUUGCUCGCCAGGCGCUUCCACCGUGGGCAACAAAUAAUGACACCGUUGUGCUGUCGCAGAGGGCUCGGGUUCAGAUGCCAUGGUCCCCAAAUAACAUCCGUCGCCUUAUGCCUCUGCGACUCAGCGGCAGAUCAACAGAUUCCUUUCUGUUAGCUGACGUUCCUGUCCCUGAGGAGCAUCCACUGUCCUUCCUCCCUGAGAGAACUGCCUUGUAAUACUUUAUCAAAAUAUCUUUGUAUUUCUUUUAAUGAACUGUUACAUAUACUACAAAUCACUUUGGUAUCUGUUGUAGUCCCCUAUAUUUUUACCCCAGAUAAUUUCAGUAAUAACUUUGUAUCCAUUGUAUCCUCGAGUGGGGGGUCUGCAGUGGAGCAGUUCUGGUAUUUUUUUUUAUUUUUUAUUAAUGCUGUAUAUUAUUUAAUUUACAUUUUAUGUUCAAAGAUUUAUAUUUCCAAAUUCUAAUUAUUUUGUAUAAUCUAAUCCUUUCUACUACUAACAGCAUAUACAUACACACACACACACACACACACACACACACACACACACACACACACACAGUGCUCCAGAUAAGGUUUUAGGCCAUUGAGUAAUUUACUCUCCAAUUUAGACACUAUGUAAGUAAAAUGUAUUUUGGGUGAGUAAAAUGAAACAUUACCUUGAAGUCAUGAGUACUUUCAAUAAAUACUGUACAUAUAGCUUUCCUAUUUUUCAACUUUUUUUCAUAGCCAUUUAGUCCUGCCUUAAUAAUAUUAAUAAUUUUAUAGUCUGGGAAGUUGCUACUUUAGAUGUACUAGGACUACACUGUUACAGCUUCUAUAGUUGUGUGCCGUAAUCUCCCUUUCCAAGUCGACAGACACACACCUUAAAAAUGUAAAAACAAAGAAAUAAGUCAAAAAAUAUUUUUCAAAAAACUGUACAAAGAAACAUUAAUAUUGUAUUUCUUAUUGAUCACCUUGCUAUAGCAAUAUAAAGCAUCCCCACUCUCUAAACAUAAAAUGUUGUAUUUAUUAUAGAGAUUUACCUUUCACAGAUUCAGUUGACAGCUAGGUAAAUUGGUAGGUUAGGUUGAGGGUGACUAAGACAGCGCUGAGAAAUCUUAAGAAUCAGGAAUCCAGACGCUUAUUCACCAGUCAUAAACACGCAUUGCAAGUGAGUGGAUUCAACCGUACGUUUGGACUUAUUUGUCACGUGUUUCUGGCAAUUCCCAGACAGGCUACAAUUAACUCUCCUGACAUUUCUAUGAUUCAAUCUAUUGUUACCGCAUGCAUGAUGUUCACAAUUAACCACUGUUAAUUGAGAACCAUGUUUCUUGAUAACAUGCAAACUCAAGUUGUGCUGCAAAAUUGCUCUGCAUAUUUUUAUGCAUUAAAUUUAAAUAUUAAGACGUAAUUCUUAUUUUUUCAAUGCUUAAAACACCCAGUACACAGCUUAUCUGGAGUGCUGUAUAUGACGGUAUAUGUUAAAUUCAGACAGAUUUUGCAGCUUAAAUGUUCAUGCAUAAAAACAAACAUUAACAUAUCUUCUGAAAAUAUGUUGCUAUUUCCUAUAUAAUAAAGUAUAAUUAUCCAUUUUA